AUGGUACGAGGAGAAGUUGUUAAAAUUCCUGUUACCAUUUUCAAUUAUCACAAUCGCGAACUGAACACCAUGGUAACUAUGAAUAAUUCUAAUGGGGAAUAUGAUUUUGUUGAUGAGGCGACAAUGAAGCAAUUGUCCACCAUUGAAAAUUCCCAACGCAUAAAUGUGCCAGCCAAUAGUGGAAAAACUUUAAAGUUCUCGAUAAAACCCAAAAAACUUGGACCCAUAAAAAUCCAAAUAAAUGCCACUAAUAAUUUAUUCAAGGAUGCCAUAUUGCAAGAUCUCUUAGUUGAACCCAAAGGCAAAAUUGAACGCCAAAACAAGGAUUUAUUUAUAAGUCUCAACAAAGAGCAACAAAUAUAUCGUACAUCCAUUGAUGUCGAGAUUCCACAGAAUAUAGUUCCCGAUACCGAAUUCAUACAACUUUCUGUAGGCAGUGAUAUUCUCUAUACCGCCCUUGAUAACCUUGAUAAUUUGGUGCAAUUGCCCGCCGGUUGUGCUGAACAAAAUAUGAUGAAUUUUGCACCCAACGUUUUGGUAUUGGAUCAUCUGAGAACCAUGCGUAAAUCUUCGGAAAAACGAGAAUUGGACGAACGGGCUACUCGUCACAUUGAAAUUGGAUAUCAACAAGAAUUAACCUAUCGUCAUGUUAACGGAGCAUAUAGUGUCUUUGGACCGAAGGCACGCACGGAGGAAAAUACAUGGCUAACAGCGUACAUUAUUCGAUUCUUUAUUAAAGCACAACGUUAUGUCGGCAUAGAAAGUUCAAUAAUCAAUGAAGGUUUAGAAUUUUUGAAAUCUAAACAAUUGCCAACGGGAGAAUUUCAAUAUACCGACUAUUUAUUUCAUCCAGCCCAUCAGGAUCGUUAUGGUUUUACGGCAUUUGUCCUAUUGCCAUUUUUGGAAAGUUCGCUAUCUAGAAGAAAAUAUAAAGCUGUGAUCGAUAAAGGAGUUGAAUUUUUAGUUGACAAUAUCAAUAACAUCGAUGACAACUAUGCCUUAUCUCUUACGGCAUUAGCACUACAAAUGUCUAAAAAUGAUUACUCGAAUGAGCUAUUGACUAAACUUCAAGAGAAGUCCCUCUCUGAAAAUGCAUAUGCUGUAAUGGCUUUCCUAGAAUCAAAUUCUGUCGAUAACAUAAAUAUUAUGAAGUGGAUCUUGGAGCAACGAAGUAAAGUUGGUGGUUUUAAAACGAGUCAGGAUACGGUGGUGGCAUUGCAAGCAUUGAUUAAAUUCAAUGAAAAAUAUACCAGUUCUGAUGAAACUUUAUUAAAAGUGAGUUAUGAAGCUUUGGAUGAUAAGGGGUUGAAGGUUAUCGAUGGCUUUCUGGGCAUAGAUCCAAGUAAUACACAAAUUUGGCAACAAAUUGAGCUUCCGAUAGCCACACGUUUGCUCCAAUUGAAAGUUGAGGGCCAAGGAAAUGCCAUAGUUCAAUUAGCCUAUCACUAUUAUAUGCACUGA